AUGAAUAAGGGUUGUCAACGGUAUUUGUGUAGUGUGAUAACCGAACCCACAGUAGAUAUUACUUUAGACAAUAUACCAGUGGUGAGGGAUUUUCCUGAUGUUUUUCCGGACGAAUUACCUGGUCAACUUGUUGAUAGAGAAAUCGAAUUCACAAUUGAUGUAAUACCGGGAACUCGACCAAUUUCUAAAACUCCUUGUCUCAUGUCUACUACUGAAAUGAAAGAAUUGAAAGUUCAGUUGCAAGAAUUGCUUGAUAAAGGAUUUAUCAGACCAAGUACAUCCCCAUGGGGCGCACUAGUACUUUUUGUUAAAAAGAAAGAUGGCACUCUUCGACUAUGCAUUGAUUACCGAGAGCCCAAGAAGUUCACUCGAAAAGGCGAACUAUUUGAGUGGAUGGAUCAAAGAGAAAUUGCUUUUCAGGAGUUGAAGACAAGACUGACUACAGCCCCAAUCCUCACUAUUCCCUCAGGUUUUGCCAUUGGUGCUUUGGCUAUUUUGGUGAGUUGCUCCUGGUUAUACUGGAUUUUCAAGAAAAGGAAGGUCAUCAUGCUUAAAGAAAAAUUCUUCAAGAAGAAUGGUGGAAUAAUGUUGAAACAACUCUCUAGACUAAAGAGAUCAACUCAGGAAUUGAUCAAAAUAAUUAAUUCAGAAGAGCUCAAGCAAGCUACCAAUAACGAUGAUGAGAGUAGAAUUGUUGGCCGAGGACAUUUUGGAAUAGUUUACAAGGGAAUUCUACCAGAGAACAAGACAGUGGCUAUUAAGAAAUCCCAAAUGAUGGAUGAAAUUCAAAUAGAGCAAUUCAUCAACAAGGUGGUCGUGCUUUCACAGAUCAAUCAUAGAGGUGUGGUCAAACUCUUAGGUUGUUGUUUGGAAACUCAAGUCCCUUUACUUGUUUAUGAAUUCAUCACCAAUGGCACUCUCUUUGAGCAUAUAAAUAACCAAAGUAAGGCAUCUAAUAUUUCAUGGGACAAUUGUUUGCAAAUAGUUGCUGAAAUUGCUAGAGUAUUGUCAUAUUUGCACUAUGCAACAUCGAUUCCUAUCUUCCAUAGAGAUAUUAAGUCUACAAAUAUACUCUAG